AUGGAAUAUUCCUCAUUGAACGGCUUACAAGAUUCAUUUGGUGUCUUUGUUAUGCCAAUACUAUAUAGUACUAUCAAGAUUAGUCUGACAUUUUAUAUAUAUUUACACUUUAAAUCAACUAUUUAUCAUAUUAUUAAAAAAACUAAGUAUGAAGAUUCAAAUGUCAAGUGGAAAGAAUUGGAUCCAAAGUAUCACUUCUCAUGCCAAUUCAUGGCUGAUACAAUUGCAAUGAAUGCAUCAGAUUUCAUCAUAACCAGCACAUAUCAGGAAAUUGCUGGAAGCAAAGAUAAACCUGGACAGUAUGAAAGUCAUGCAACAUUUACACUCCCAGGACUUUGCAGAGUUGUUUCAGGGAUAAAUAUAUUUGAUCCUAAGUUCAACAUAGCUGCACCUGGAGCUGACCAAUCUGUCUAUUUUCCUUACACAGAAAAAGACAAAAGACUCACUCAAUUUCAUCCUGCCAUUGAAGACUUACUAUAUAGUAAAGUGGAUAACAAAGAUCAUAUUGGAUAUCUGGAAAACAGAAGAAAACCUAUCAUCUUCUCAAUGGCAAGGCUUGAUGUUGUGAAGAACAUAAUUGGUUUAGUCGAAUGGUACGGGAAGCAUCCGAGAUUGAGAGGCCUAGUGAACCUUGUCAUUGUUGGAGGAUUAUUUGAUCCUUUGAAGUCAAAAGACAGAGAAGAAAUGACAGAAAUACGAAAAAUGCAUGAUUUAAUGGAAAAGUAUCAAUUGAAGGGUCAAUUUAGAUGGAUUGUUGCAAAGACUGAUAGACAUCGGAACAGAGAGGUUUAUCGCUUCGUCGCAGACACAAAGGGAGCUUUUGUGCAGUCUGCUUUAUAUGAAGCAUUUGGUCUUACUGUCAUUGAAGCAAUGAACUAUGGUUUGCCUACUUUUGCUACUAACCAUGGUGGGCCUGCUGAAAUUAUUGUUGAUGGUGUUUCUGGUUUUCAUAUUGAUCCUCUUAAUGGAGAAGAAUCAAGCAACAAAAUUGCUAAUUUUUUUGAAAAAUGUAAAGUGGAUUCAACACAUUGGAAUAUGAUUUCUGUGUCCGGAUUGCAGCGCAUUAAUGAAAGGUAA